CAAGCUAUGGGGGAAGUGGGCACUAUGGAACGUCGUUAUGCCGUCCCUCCCAGCACCCUGUCGGAACCGGCAGCGCGAUAUCGAACUACCGAGGAUUUGCACGCCUGGAGCAUUUACAGACAAAAUCUGAACUCGGAUUUUACCGACAGUGCUCUCGGAGCUUCGGAAAAGUCUCAGCCUCCAUUCGGAAACUUCCAGCUUCGAGAGUCAACAGUUCAGACCAUUCUGAACCACCCUAAGUACGGUCCAAGGGAGCGACAGUCUGAACUAGGGAACAAUAUUUUUUCCUACUUACGGUUCGGUUUGCCUCGUGUGUUUCCGCCCUCUCGAGUAAACCGUGACGGCUCGAGUGGCUACGACUCUAGUGACGACGGGUCCCCUUGUAUGGACCGACGACGAGCUCGGAGUGAUCCAGAUUUUCGCAACCACGUGAUUCGGCAAGACAAUCACGAAGCUGAAACUUCAUUUGUUCGUCCAGAGCGCCGUCUGAAGGCCAGUAGCGAAGCUGACCUUUUGAGUCACGAAAUUUUCAACCACCAGGACGGUCGAAACGCUAAACAACGGGUCAUGCGCGCCCAACACGAGUCACGUGAUGGGUAUCACCGAGAUCCAAUGCCAGGAGCCAUUGGUCAUUUCGAAAGACGCAGUCACGCUGGAUCUCACAUCUCGCUCAUCUCUCGCUCUUCUCGCGCUCAUCACGAAGUUCAUGGAGAUGCACGUGCGGAUGGAUUUUAUGGACACGACAUGCCCAUCUUGAACGACAAGUUCUUUCCAAAAGAUACUUUCUAUUCAACCUUACAAGGAGGAGAAAGUGAAAAUGCUCCUGUCAAACAUCCUCACUUGCAGGUGCGCGACCUGACAUACGAGAUCGAUAAAUCUUCAGCUUUCCAACGGCUAUGUGGGGGUGCCAGAACAAAGAUGAGACUUUUAGAUGGUUUGUCUUUUGAGGUCCGCGGAGGAGAGAUCCUCGCCAUCAUGGCAACCACAGGUAAGUAAUGUUGAAUUACAAGUUGGUAGGUGAUUCGAAUC